UUUGAUACCUCCCAUUCGAAUGAAUAGAAAUAAACAUCUUCGACUCAAAAUAUCAGAAAAUAACUUGAAUAAUUUGAAUAAUUAACUUAGUGGCGUGGCGCAUGACGCUAGCUGAAGAAAACAGUUUCACUGUCACAAAAAUGUCAACAAUUCGCUCACAAUAAAUUUUAUUCUAUAUUCAAUUAACAAUCGAUGUGAAUAAUAUCUCACUGUGAAUUUUAUAGUUUUAAUAAAGUUAUAGUUGUAGAGAAUUUGGUGUAACUGCAUUGCAGUCGUAAUUUUUUUUUUGCCAAUGGGAAGAAAUUAUUUCUAACCUCGAGCCACUCGAUAGGCUUAAUGCAUUUAAUAUAUUAUAAUUAUUGAUAAUAAUUUAUGAGGAUUUCUUGAUUUAUUUGGAUAGAAGGAGUUUUAGUCGUGAUGUCAGCAGUAUUCGGAGUUUGUUUGGUACUCUUUGUACUGGUCCUUGUGAUUUUAAUUGCUAAACAAUUGUACUGGAGCCGGCGCAUUAAAAGUGUGGAGGGAAAACACGUUGUGAUAACUGGAGGAUCGAGUGGAAUAGGAAGAUCUGUGGCUAUUUUAGCAGCGAAAAAUGGUGCACACGUGACGAUCAUAGCUCGAGACACGAAAAAGCUUGAAGCAGUGAGGAACGAAUUGCUGAGUGUCUCGAAGAAUCGAGACAGCCAGAAGCAUGAAAUUCUGUCAUUGGACAUAACUGCGGGCUAUAAUGUCGUUGAAAAGGCCUUAAGCGAUGUCGAGGGAACAAUGGGAGCUAUUUACAUGCUCGUGAAUUGCGCUGGUACUGCCAUUGCCAGUAAAGUAGAGGACACAACUCCGGAUAACUUGAAGUGGAUGAUGGAUCUCAAUUUCAUGGGAACUUUCCAUUGUAUUAAAAGCGUUGUGCCGAAGAUGAAGAGCGCUAGGGAUGGAAUUAUUGUACUAACUUCGUCGCAGGCUGCUCUCCUUGGAAUUUUUGGAUAUGGCGCUUACUGCAGCUCGAAAUUUGCCGUUCGUGGUCUGGCAGAGACUGUCGCGAUGGAAUUGAAACCCUACAACAUCUUCGUGACCCUCUCAAUGCCUCCUGACACUGACACCCCAGGUUUCGCUGUCGAGGAAUUAACAAAACCUGUCGAGACAAAAUUAAUCUCAGGAUCCUCGGGGGCAAUCAGUCCCGAUGUAGUGGCUCAUCAGAUGUUUGAGGACGCCUUGGCUGGAAAAUUCUUCUCCACGAGUGGAAUCGAUGGUUUUAUGCUCACGACUCUGUGCUGUGGAAUGUCACCAGUCUCCUCAUUCGCACAAUUGGUCCUCGAGGUUCUACUCAUGGGGCCCUUCAGGCUCGUUAGCGCUUGCUAUUUAGCCUCUUUCGACAGGAUUAUCAAGAGUUGCAUGAAAACCCGAGACCUCAAUAAAAAGUCUCAAUGAAGGCAGCGGAAUUAUUUUUAAAAAUAAGUACUCAACUUUAACGUAUUUCUAAUUUGCAAUUAUAAUAAAUAUUUUUUAUCCGGAUAAUCCGCGACAAUUCUUUAAAAAAAUUUCAUUUCCCCGGAAAUGGC